AGCUGAAUGGCAUGUCGCCUCCAACGGCCAAUCAGAAACGUUUAUAGUGGAGAGUGGCCGCUUCGACAACACAUCCACAAAGGCAAAAUUCCGUAAAACUGUAUAUCUUUUUUUUUUUUUUUUAAAUAUGAAAACAAAAAUGUACUUUUUGGUCUUCAUUUAAAGAUAACAGUGUGGUUAAUGAUAGCUCUAAAAUCAGAUUUUAAGAAGAUACAUUUUAAAAAUAGGCACGGUUUAUGACUGUGUGUUUGCGUUAACUACUGACGACCGUGCUCACCAAGGAAAAAAGUCCUGUUUGUGGCUUGCCGAAUACCAGAUUUUUGUAAUGGAAUAACAUGUAAAAAAAAGCUUCUGGCUACAUGUGUUAUUUCACCCGUCGGAUUUGCUUCAUGCUGUCUUUCUCUGACGCUGUGUGCACAUUGUGCUGGUCGGAAGAACCAUUUAUUUGAAGUCGAUUCAGUCUUGCAUGGGUCUGUAAGAGGCAGCAUCAUGAGUGGGGAGCCAGACGCUUUGGCUGUGGUGAACCAGCUGAGGGAUCUUGCUGCAGAUCCCAUGAACAGAAGAGCCAUCGUUCAGGACCAAGGUUGCUUACCGGGACUCAUCAUUUUUCUGGACCACCCCAACCCCCAGGUUGUCUACUCAGCACUCCUGGCUGUGCGCUACCUCGCAGAAUGCCGUCAAAACAAGGAGAAAAUGAGGGGAGAGCUUGGGAUGAUGUUAAGUCUUCAGAAUGUCAUGCAAAAGACAACCACCCCGGGAGAGACCAAACUGCUGGCCUCAGAAAUCUAUGAACUCCUCCAGGCCUCUAACAGUGAGGAUGCAUACAAGCCCAAGGAGCCCUCCUGCAGACGUAAGCCCCAGUUCUUCCUGGGCUCCACCAACAAGCAGGCCAAAACAGUGGUCCUCCACAUAGAUGGCCUGGAUGACUCUAGCCGGAGGAGCCUUUGUGAAGAGGCCCUGUUGAAGAUCCGAGGUGUCAUCAGCUUCACAUUCCAGAUGGCCGUUAAGAGGUGCAUCAUCAGAAUCCGCUCAGACCUGAAGGCAGAGGCUCUGGGUUCUGCCAUCGCAUCAACUGAAGUAAUGAAAGCUCAACAGGUGGUCAGGGGAGAGGAUGGAAAUGAGGUAAUCAUCCCAUUCCCAGAGGAUGGUUCGGUAGCAGUGGAGCAGAAUGUGAAUCUUCCAGACUAUCUUCCAGAGGAGGAGAGCCCAUCCCAGGAGCCAGACAAGGCUGUGACCAGCGUGGGCACAGGGCAGGACGGAGCAGGCUGGCUAGGCACUGCUGCUAACUUUCUGUCCCGCUCUUUCUACUGGUGACUCCCAGACCACUUACACCUCUUCAGACAGAAUCAGGCUCCCAGCUGCCAAAGAGCUGGACUGCCAAAGGCAAUGUGUAACAACAAACGAUUCCAACGGUAUGCAGUACACACAUGCACGCACCCACAAUCUUACACACACUCCCACCUGGCACCAUACAGAAUCACCAAGCCAUUGAGGGAGAGGACCGGCUUCCGGAAUGAAUUCUUAUUUCUCAUCUUUUGGGUUUUGAUUGAGAGCUAGACUAUUCUUUCUGCAAAUGUAAAUGGGUCCAUGUAUUUGAAAACCAAAAUGUCUUAUUGUGAGGAGCUUUAUUGUGGCACCAUUUAAUAGGAAUUGAUCCAUCAGAAACGUUGCCACAAAACGAAGUUCCUGUAGUUUGAUUUCAGAUCCUUCAAAUCAUUCUUUCUGGGUCUUUUUGACCGACCUUUGAACAAUAACAGACCUCCUUCCCUAUUUUCUCAAUGGGUAUUGUAGAAUAUGCAGUAAUCAGCAUGUGUCCAGUUAUGGUGCCUUUCGUUUCAUUCUGUUUACAUGGAUGCCCUUGCAUGACUGACUGUCUGCUUUAGUUCUGAAGCCUGUAAGGCUCCUUACUUUAACAUACCAAAGGUUACUGAUGCAGACACUGUAUCAACUCGUGUGGGUACUCUUUAAAUUCCAAUGCCAACUUAAAUCAUUCAUGAAAUGUAUGUGGAGGAUUAUGAGCAAUGUUUUAAGGACUGUGUGGCUGGUUGGAGAAGAGAUGUUUUAUCUACAGUAAAAGCAUGAAUAUUUUGCACAGUCUGAACAUUGUGGUAUUCUCGAACAAUGUGCUGUCAUGCUUUAUUGGCUUGGUAUUACUCAUUACAGAACAAUAUUAGGAUAUAUUUCCUAAGGAAGAGGAUUGUUCCUCUUUAAGGUACAGCCUCUGACAAUUUUUGGGGAACAACAUUCCUUUCCCCAAUGUCUUGUAUGAUUUAGCGCAUAGUUAAAAAUAAGACAAGGCUAAACAUAAUCUCUCGUGGACAGACUACAUAAACAUUAAUGGUUGAGCAUUUGACCAAAUUACGCAAGAUUUUAGUUCUGGGCAUACCGAGAUUAGGCUAAACCUAACAUUAUUUUUCUCUAAAUAUAUGUAGAUGGAAAUACACAUUGUGUUAGAUUUUAAUUGGAAAUGCAUUGGCCAGCAGUGUCCUUAAACCUGUGGUUAAACUCAUGUGGGUGCUGCCUUCUGUCAGGGUCAUCUGUAAGUGUUGAACAGUGAAUGUUUUGGAUUGUUUGGUUAAUAUAAUGGAUCACUUGCCCAUUACCCAGCUUCUGAAAUGGUUAUGUUUUCAGCGCAUGUUACAGUGUAUGAAUGGGGAAUGUUUCUGCUGAGUUUAUUACUGUUCAAAGUAAAUCUCCACAUAACAAUCCCUUUUUAAAGUUCAGCCACUGUCUCAAGGAAAAGUUCAGUUUCUGCCAAGUGUUUCUUGAAAGUGUAAUUUUCUGUCUGUGGAGGGGGGAAAAAAUCAUUGUAUAGAAUUGUCUAGAAAUGUACUGUUGUCCUCUCCUUGUAUUUGUGUGUUGCUUGCAAAAACAUGUCCUAUAGACUCUCCCACCUCGUACAAUCACACCUGACUAGAUUGUGACCAUCAUGCCAGGGCAGAAUGCAUCCUAUUUGCAAAUACUGUAUAGUUGUUCACACUCAAUCAAUGUGCAUUGUUUACCAACAAAGUCAUUCACUAGAAAUAUGUUAAUAUCUUUGAAUUGUUAUUGAUUUGCUUUUUCACCCCCAGAAACCAUUUAUUAGAUCAACUAACAUUUAAUCAGGUCGGCCUUUUUGUUUGCCAGCUUUAUUCGACUCAGGGGAAAUUUCUAUCAUAUAAUCCACGGUCUAAUCACUCACGUAUUACAACCUGUUUGAGUUGGUUCUUUCCACCGAUAAUGUAUGAACACCAAUCACAGAGGAAUGUUCUGUGUGUAUGUAUGCUGCCUGUCAGUUUGUCUGUACUGUUAUGGGCCAUUGUGAGUGAGCUGUAUGUUCCUAAGAGUUAUAUAAAAGAAUAUUAAAAAACAAUGUUAUUAUAUGAAAUGUCCAAUUGUUAAUUUUAUGGAUGCUGAUGGGAUAGGGUACUGCCUCGAAUUGAGGACAUGGCAGUUUGUUCAACAUGACAAUUAAAAAUGUACACAAUAUAACAUG